CUCCACAGUGCCCCCCUCCAUCCCGCCUCCACUGUCUCAAUGUCUCCUUUUUCCUCGCGUUUCCAUGAUACUACUACUCCUACGUAGACGAGGACAGAGGUCUGGUCAUGUCCUUGAAUCUGCCCUGCUCAAGUCUCCAGCUCUUCGUCUUUCUCCUCCCCUGCUUGGGUGGAUACGUGUCGGAGGUGAGGGUAAGCCCGGAAGUGGUGAGAUCGGGUGACACAAUCACCUUGGAGUGCAUGUAUCAAGAGAAUCAAAAAGUGGAUUCCGUGAAAUGGUUCCGAAAAAUCGACGAAUUCUUCACUUACACACCGGGGAAAUUGGAUCCCAUCCGACUCUUCGAUCUUCCUGGCGUCCACGUCGACGCGACGCGGUCGGACGCUCGAGUUGUGACGCUGCGGAAUGUGUCGCUGGAGACGUCCGGGAUGUAUCGCUGCGAAGUCACGGAUGCCGGUUCCUAUGCCGUUGCCUUUCAAACAACCAACAUCAGCGUCUACGAACUUCCAACAUCGCAGCCAACGAUCACGAUGUGGCCGGACGUGCUGGCCACAACGUUGGACGGGGAACUCCCCCGAAUUUAUCAUUUCAACUGUUCCUCGCCUUUCUCCAGUCCUCCCGCCAACCUCACCUUUUAUCUCUAUGACGAUGAGGUACCGAGGAGGAUGCUGAUUCCCUACAAAGGAAUGGUGGACUCAACGGGUCGACUCAAGACUUCGGUCCUGGGACUACGGGUCAGCAGCGACGAGGUCAAACUCGGUCGACUGGAAGUGAAGUGCGAGUCGAGCAUCGAUCAAAUCUACACGCAGGCUUCCCACAAAUACGUCAACCUUCUUCCAGAGGAGAAACCCAAGGAAUCUCAAAUGAAAAAGCAAAGACCUGCAUCCAGCAUCCCCUCCUACACUUCCCGACAAGGCAAGUUCUUCCUCUCAUCUGUGUUUCGCGAGGACUUGAGGGGAGAGAUCGAUCACUCAUUUCCGGGUUUCCGUUUCCAGGUGGGAGAGGAGAUAGGAUUCGUCCAUGGUCAACGUGUAUCUCCAUGUUCCUGGCCGCUCUCCCCUUCUUAG